UAUCUCAGACCCUUCACACAUCUCUCUCAACUCUGUACACUACACAACCCAAAGUCCAGAAUGAAGUUAACCUAUUAUUGGAAUUUAUGUUUAAUUUUUUGCGGUGUCUUGAUGACGAUGGAAGUAGCAGCCAUACCUUUGCAAAUAGCGGUUAGAUCUAUGGAUUCGGUUAAGCCAGUGGAGAGAGCAUCCCCGAUCAUGCUACCUUCACAUAUUAGGCGCAGGCGCCAAGAAAGUUUAGAGGACUACCAGGUUUUGCAUUGUGUUUGUGACUUGGAUAUGAUGGGCCAUAACGGCUAUGUGGCUUAUUUACGCAGUCCUUGCGUUGAAGCUUACAACAAUCGGUACAGCUCUCAAGACGGCUACCAGAUGUACAGGACCCUCCAGACAGAAGCCUUUUUCUUUGGCCAGUACUAUGAGCGCCUCAAGCGUUACGAAAUCGACCCUCAUGUCUACGAUUAUGAGGUGUUAAAUUAAUAUUAAUAGUGCGAACAUCUGUAAAGAUCUUAGUUGAAGAAGGAAUAUGGUUGUUAGUAACCAAUGCAGAAUAGAUAAUUCUACUUAUUUUCAUAUAAACUAGCAGAUGACAUUUCUAGGAAGUGUACCUUUGGCCAAUCAGAAUGCAAAUAUUAACAAUAUCAUCAUUUCUUCUAAAAAUAUGAACCCAACAGAUUUAGCUGAAUCAAAGAAGCCCUCAACAUAGCGAAAAAUAUCACCACGUCUUACAAUCAUUAGACACAUGAUUCCCUGGCCUAAAGUGCUAAGAACCUGUAGUUAUCUUAGCCAUAUUAUCCUACCAAUGAGAAAACAUCUCCAGUCUACAUUAUCUGAAGGAUACUCAAGACCCCUUGCUGGAAAUGCUCAAAAUGACAGUGUAAAGGUAACCACUGCCCUUUUGGCCCUGAAGGAACUGAACUGAAGGAAUGUGAAAACACCUUGGAAUGCCCAACCGUAUCAUCUGGGUUUGGAACAACAAAUUCCCGCAUGAGGGAUUCUACAGAGAAUUAAAACAUAUCAGCAGGAGGGUUUCUUUCUUGGACAGUACUACGAGCUUUGAAAUGGAACCCAGAAGUUUUGAAUUAAAUCUACAUAAAUUUCCAAGUAUUCUUCGUAAGAAAACUGUUUUAAAUUCUAUUAAAACCUAUCAAAAUAAUGAUAUCUGUUUACCUAGCUUUUGCUAUGCUUAUCAUUUACAAACUUUCCCAUUAAAAAGU